GAUAUUCUUCAUUCCAUGAGACGUAAGAAAGGAAAGGUGCCUCCAGAUUAUUUAAAUAAAGCGGAGCUUCUUCAAUGGGCUACUUACAUGAAAUCAGAAGACAUUAACCUCAGAACUAGAGGGGAACAAACACUUUAUUCAAUUUGGACCGACAUUUUUCCUGAUGAUAGAACACCAGGAGUAAAUUCUUCUCAAGUUUUAUAUCCACUUUAUUCUCAACAAUUCUCGACACCUAAUAAUUCUUCUGUCCGCCCUCAAUUUUCGAGUCAACCUAGUCAACCUUCAACGUCCACAUCGUCCAUUCGUCCUUCUAGACGGGAAAUAAAAUUUUUUGAAAAAAUUGCUGAUAAUAAAAUGGACAACUUUUGCCUUAACUUAUGGGUUAAAAAUGUGUUUAGUGCCGUUCCUAAAAUGCAACAUUAUGCUCAUGUAUAUUUAAUUUUGGCAUGGAAUGAAGAAUAUCCUACUUGCAUAGAUCAUGUAA